AUGGAUUAACUUCUAUCACAACCCAAUUCCAAAAUUUUGAAAAAGUUGUCAACUAUCAAAUGUUUUGCUCCUAUCUUAAUUGCACUAUCAAUUUUAUCAACUGUCUUUGCUUUUUUAAGCUAUUUUAAAAAUAACAAUUUUGAAUUUCUUAUUUUAGCAAUUGUCGAUGUAAAUUUACUAAUUAUCAUAUUCAGAUUAUUAUUAUUUGCCUUUUGCUUAUUACAUUAUACUUUGCAUUCACUAUUGAAUUUGAUGAAUAGGGUAAUCCUUAAGAAAAUAAUACAACCUAUAUUAUAUAAUUUGGAUUGCAAAGUACAAGUGCUAUCAUUCUUGGAAUCAUUAUAACAAUAAUACAAUAUAAAACUCAUUUAACGAACUUAUGGUUUAUUAGCCUUUAAGUUAUCAAAUUGCUGUUCUUAAUCUAUAUCAUUAAUAAAACAAAAUAAUUUAAUAAAAUAUAAAACGGAAUUCAUAGAUUCACGUUAGCUUUCACAGUUUUAUUAAACAUAUUAUUUUUGUUGUUUGCAGCAACCAAUUUCAAAUUUGUAUAAUAAACUUUUAAUAUAAUAGUUAGUCUAUUUAAUCAACAAUCAAGUAUUUUCAUUAGAUCAUAAUAACACAAUCAUUUUGUUUAUGUAAUAUGGAUUAUUUGCUUUAUUAAUUGCUACACUCUUAAUAAGUGUUAUUCUAAUUUUUAGAGUCUAAAACUAUUUCUUAAUUGUAGCCUUUUUAGUAGUAACAGCUUUGAUGAUUGCAGCCACAGCUAAUGGAAUGAUGAUAAGAUAAUACUCAAUAUUAUAAAAUGACAUUUCUACACAAAAAGGUUGUAGAUAUGCAUUACAAAGUCUUGGAGUUUAGACAGUUAAAUAAUUUUUAAAAUGUUCAGAAAAAUAUAAAAAUUAAAACUAAUCUCCAUAUUUACCUUGUUCUUAAGAAAAUCAAUCCUAUAUGUGGGAAUCAAACAUGGAUUAAAUAGCAUGUAUUAAUUUGGAUUGUUGUGAUUCACUUAAGGAUUUUCUUAAUAAACCUAUGUAUCAUUUGACUGUUUGGAUUAAUAUAAUUGUGGCAAUUGGCAUUAUUUAAGCAUUUAAUAUAGCUAUGCAAUCAAAGUUUGAUCUUGGUAAUAAGGAAUAAAAUGUGCUCACUGAUUCAUUAAUGUUAUUACUAUUUUUCGGAUUAUUCUUUGGAAUUAUUGCUGUUUACAAUUCUAUUUCACCCUAAUAAUUGUAAUUAUAAGAUUAAGUUGUAGAGUAAUUAUUUUAUAAAUAUUUUAUAUAGACAACCUCUAAUUUUAAAUUAACUGAAAGUUCUUGAUGCACCAUCAUAUAAAUUUUUCAAACCACAAAAGCCUUUUGGAUCUUAAAUGUCAAAUAUAGAUAUUUGUGAAUUAGCCACUAACUUAAUGUUAACAAAAGUUAAUCUAUAACCUUAAGAUGAUUUUAAAAAACCUGGGUAAAAUUAUUUUUUUUUAUUUUAGAGUUCUUCUUGGUAUAUUAGGUUAUGGAGGGUCAUUUCUUAUAAAUAAUGAAAUAAAUUUAAAAGAUUUUAAAAUUUUAACAACAGAAGAAUUGAUUAAAAAGGCUUUUCCUAAAGCUAAUAAACCAGAAUAAGAUGUUAUCAUUGUAGAAGGAUCUCUAGCUUCUGUAAGCCAUUUUAUAGGGUCAUGUUUAUAAUUUUGUUCAGAUGAACCUGAAAUAGCUGAUUUUACUGUUUUAUAAGAAUUUUAUGAAAUGGAAGAAAAUAAAUAAAAUCGUGUUUUAAGCAUAGAUCCUUAACUUUAAAAAUAAUUUAGCCAAAUUGUACCUUAUUUAUAAAUAACUGCAAAUGUUCAAAAUAGUGAGGAUUUUUCAGGAAUACCAGAUGCUGAUGGAAAAUUAUUCUAUGGAAAGUUUGUAUAUACAACUUGUUAAAUUAUGGAUCAAGUAGAAUCACCCUUUUUAUCAGUUAAAUCUAAUUCAGAUGGACUGCUCAAUUUUUAUAGAGUAGCUACCAAAUAAGUUUAUACUUUAUUAGUCAAGAAAUAAGGUUAUAAAAAUGCUUGUGCACUUGUUGAUUUAACUUAAUUAUAACCUAAGACUUAAAUAUAUGUAAGAUUGGUUAAGGAGGUCAAAAAACAUUCAAUGAAAAUUACAUUAGAAUGGACAUCUAAAAAUUUAAAUUUAGAUUUAUAUGGUUAAUUCAAAGGAGAAGACUUUGUUUGUUUAACUGGAUCAAUAUCUAAGUCUUGUGGUGGAAUGAGUUUAUAAACUAAAAAUGAAAAAGAUCAACAUAUUGAAAUUCUGACUAUUGAGGAAAUACAACCUUUUACUUAUUUAAUCUUUAUUAAGAGAUUUAUGGAGAGAACAUAGGCUUUGGAUGAAUAAGUAGUAAAUGUAUAAGAUUGGAUAGAAUCAAAUCCUGUUGUAACAAUAUAUGUAUAUGAAUUAGAUUAUCCACUUGUUCAAUAUAGAUUACCUUCAAGUAAUUAUAAAUAUAAUUCAAUUUAGUACCAAUGUCAUUUAGAGAUAAAAUUGACUUUACUUGGUUAGUAUUUUAGUUUGAUGGAUAACUUGGUGAUGGGCCAAUUGAACUUAAAACUUAUUGGUCAGAAAUAUCAAAUGAGAGUAUUAAGAAUAGUAAAUCCUAUAAAAAUAAAUUUUGGCCUUCUCCUGUUCCCAUAGAAAAUAAAUGA